CUCUCUCUCUCUCAGACACACACACACACACUCUCUCUCUCUCUAAGAUGAAGGUUUUGGCGGCAGUGGUGGCGGUGGUGGUUGCGGUCAUGGCAGGAAGAGGAGGGGGCGAAAGAGAGGGGCCGUUUCCCCCUCAUGUGCCCACGCCCCCCACCCAUGACGGCCCGCACAUCCCCCUCCCCCUCCCCCUCCCUCACCCCCAUAUGCUAGACAGAGAAGGGGCGGAUGAGAAAGAAGAUCGGGAGCCUCUGGUCAGAACAAGUAAAAUUCUCCCUUUCUUCAAUCCUGUGAACGCCUUCCCUCAAGUCAGCAGUCCGCCCUUCCAAGACCACAUUCCUCACUGCGCUGGGCCUGGAAAAUACUGCGCCUUUGACAGAAACUACCCGAUGGACAAGGUGAACGCCAUAGUGGACCGCUUCUAUAACGACGUUCAAAUCCUCUACGACGACCUCUACCACAUCCCGGCCCGCGACCUUCUCUACUACGACAACACGACCACACCAUCUGCCAGGCGCGGCGGCCACUUCGUGUGUGAGAGCGCCGUGGACUACAUAAGGCCGGGGUGGGCGCAGAACUUAAGAGGGGAGUGGGUGGCUAUAUUGAACACCGACAGAUUUCCACAGACGGUCAAAAUAGAGACUUGCAGGUACGGUAACAAGAGGUGCGAAUACCUGCCGCCAUGCUACAAAUCACGGUGCGCCCAACGGUAUAGUUACACACGUCUUCUGAGCCUCAACCCGCACCUUCCUUCACUACGCCCAGUUAUAGACGUGUUUCAAAUCCCCACGGCCUGCUCCUGCUUCGUUGAGGACUUCACCUACUACUGAAGGAGUCGUAGUAGUAGUAGUAGUAGUAGUAGUGGUGGUAGUAGCGGUAUUAGUGGUUGUUUGUGCGGUAUUAGUGAAAUAAACGGUUUUCUAUUAAA